AUGUUCGGCUUGUUUGGUUCAUCUUUGAUGACCAUUGUUUUUAUAUAUCUUGUAAUAAAUAUUGUUUUAUCAGAUGAAUCGAUACGUCCACAGACUGUAAAAUUAGCAUUCACUUCCAAUCCAUCGGAAAUGGUGAUUUCUUGGUUCACAGAAAAAGAAAAUGGAGACAGUUUGGUUCACUUUUCCGAGACACAUUCCACUCUUUUGAGUUGGACAAAGUUACAACACAAGAGUGGAGUUAAUGUUACAACAUCCUCCGCUCAGCCACAAAACUUUACAAGUGAUACCUGGUAUGGGUUGUCUCAUACAGUAUUGCUAUCUAAUCUUUCGCCAUUGACCACUUAUUUCUAUGUGGUUGGAGGUACCAGUCAGGUUGCAUAUUCACAGAUUUUCAAAUUUACAACACAGGCAUUCGAUAUCAAUACCACUGCCACCGAGCCAAUGAAAAAAGUGACACCCUUCCACAUUGCAGUCUACGGUGAUAUGGGGAAUGGUGAUGGAUACAAUGAGACGGUUGCACAUCUGAAAGAGAAUAUGGAUCGUUACAAUAUGGUGCUUCACGUCGGUGACAUAUCGUAUUGUGAUUACGAUAAGGUGGAGCAAGGCAAUCAGACCGUAUGGAACGAUUUCCUCAAGGAGUUGGAACCGAUCACCUCAAAGGUACCCUAUAUGACCACACCGGGUAAUCACGAUGUAUUCUACUCAUUGACAGCGUACCAACAGACAUUCGGAAUGCCGGCGACAUCCGAUGAACCGUGGUACUCUUUCAAUUACAAUGGCGUACAUUUCAUAUCUAUUAGUUCCGAGUCUGAUCUUUCACCAUUCACCAAGCAGUAUCAAUGGAUUAAAGCCGAUCUCGAGCAAUAUAGAAGAUAUAAUCCCAAUGGUUGGAUCAUUGCAUACUCUCACAGACCAUACUAUUGUUCUACCCAAUGGGAUUGGUGUCGAAAACAAACCUUGAGAGCAUUGAUAGAGGCAACCGUCGGUAGUUUAUUCCAAAAGUAUAAUGUCGAUAUUUUCUUGGCUGGACAUACACAUGCCUAUGAACGUACAUACCCUGUCUAUCAACAAUUGAAUAUUGGCAAUUACGAUUACCCAGGCGGUACUGUUCAUAUGGUUAUUGGAACACCAGGAAACCAAGAAGGUUUGGAUAAAGACUUUAUAUAUCCAACACCUGAUUGGUCUGCAUCUAGAUUCUCAACAUAUGGAUAUGCACAACUACAAGUUCAAAACGAAACACACAUACUCUGGCAGUUUUUAGGAAAUCAAGAUAGAAAGAUAUUAGACCAACAAUGGAUAGUUAAAGGUUAUUUCGAUUAA